GCUGAGUUGCAGGCGCGCGCCUAACGGUUUCGCGGGGCUCACGCGGUCUGAGAGGUCGGAGCGCUGAACUGCAGGCGCGCGCCUAACGGCUUCGCGGGGCUCUCUCGGUCUGAGAGGUCGGAGGCUGCGAGUGUCGCUGCUGAAGGCUGUGGUGGACCGGGCUGGAUCGCGGAUUCUGAGCUACAUCGCGGGUUUGGGGAGGGAUCUUGGAUUUGGGGGUGGAUCGCGGGUUGGUGGGGGGAUCGCGGAUUUGGGACUGGGUGGGGGUGGAAAGGCCACGAGGGGCCGCGGCGGCUCAGGAGCGGGUUGUGGGCGUCUGAGAAGUCGCCACCAUGAGGAAGCUCUUCAGCUUCGGGAGACGCCUGGACCAGGCGCUCCUGAGCUCCAGGGACAAAGAGUACGCGGGUCGCGGGUACCACACCCUGGACUGGGAACUGCGGAAGAUCCACAGGGCGGCCAUCAAGGGCGACGCCGCGGAGGUGGAGCGCUGCCUGAAGCGCAGAUUCUGGGACGUGGACGCCCGCGACAGAAAGGACAGGACUGUUCUACAUUUUGCAUGUGUCCAUGGCCAUAUAGAAGUGGUUACUCUCUUGCUGAGGAGAAGAUGCCAGAUCGACAUCUAUGACAGACUUAACAGGACACCUUUAAUGAAGGCUGUACAUUGCCAGGAAGAGGCUUGUGCCAUUAUUCUCCUGGAACGUGGCGCCAAUCCAAACAUUAAGGAUAUCUACGGCAACACUGCUCUCCAUUAUGCUGUGUAUAAUAAGGGGACUUCACUGGCAGAGAAACUGCUUUCCCACCAUGCAAAUAUUGAAGCACUAAAUGAGGAAGGAAACACUCCACUUUUGUUUGCUAUAAAUUCUAGGAGACAGCAAAUGGUGGAAUUUUUAUUGAAGAACCAGGCAAAUAUACAUGCUGUUGACAAUUACAGAAGAACAGCCCUCAUGCUUGCUGUGCAGCAUAACUCGUCAAGUAUCGUCAGCCUCCUCCUUCAACAAAAUGUAAAUAUCUUUUCUCAAGACAUGUUUGGCCAAACUGCCGAGGAUUAUGCUGUUUGUUGUGAUUUGAGGAGCAUUCAACAACAAAUUUUGGAACAUAAAAAUAAGAUGCUUAAAAAUCAUCUUCGAAAUGACAAUCAAGAAACAGCAGCUGUGAAGCCUGCAAAUUUGAAAAAAAGGAAAGAAGGUGCAAAAGAACACAACUUAAAAGUCAUUUCAGAGGAAAAGCAAGAAAGACUUGAAAGAAGUGAAAAUAAACAGCCACAGGAUUCUCAAAGUUAUCAAAAAAGCUAUCUAAAGCAAGCACAGCAUCAAAUAAAGGAAAUGAAGCAGAUGCAUCCAAGUGAGGAAGCUAAAGAGAGUCAUUCCAUUGGAAAGCAGAACUCUUUAGAGGAGAGAAUACGUCAACAAGAACUUGAAAAUCUCUUGCUUGAACAACAACUAAAGGAUGCUUAUAAGGAAGGCAAUAAUGAAGAGGCAGUCAUUAAUAUCCAAGAAGACUGUCUUGAUAAUGGAAAGGAAGAUCUUCUUCUAGAAGAAAAAAAUAAGGAAUUAAUGAAUGAAUAUAAUUAUUUGAAAGAAAAACUGUUUCAGUAUGAGAAAGAAGCAGCAGAAGAAGUGAUUGUGAGACAACUUCAAGAAGAACUGGCCAAUCACCUUAAAAAAUUUCCUAUGUCAGAUUCUCCACUGGAAGGUACAUCACAUUGUCACAUUAAUUUGGAUGAGACACGGGCUUCAAAGAAGAAAUUAUUUCAAGUAGGAAGUCAACCUGAAGGAAAACGUGAAGAAUUCGGGAAACUUUUUGAGUUAAUAUCACUGGAGUAUAAUGUGGAUCAAAUAAGAAAGAAAAAUCAUGAAUUAGAAGAAGAGACAACCGGAUAUAAGAAAUGCCUAGAAAUGACAAUAAAUAUGUUAAAUGUAUUUGGAAAUGAAGACUUCAGUUGCCAUGGAGACUUAAAUACAGAUCAACUGAAAAUGGAUAUUCUGUUUAAGAAGCUAAAACAGAAGUUCGAUGAUCUUAUGGCCGAGAAGGAAGCUGUAUCUUCAAAAUGUGUCAAUUUGGCUAAAGACAAUCAAGUUCUUCAACAAGAGUUUUUAUCUAUGAGAAAAAUACAAGAGAAAUGUGAAAAACUUGAGGAGGAUAAAAAGAUGUUGGAAGAAGAAGUAUUAACUCUUAAGACACAUAUGGAAAACAAUAUGGUAGAACUUGGUAAAGCACAAGAAUAUAAAUCAGAGCUAGAUGAAAAGACAAUGCAGAUAAUAGAAAAAUUAGAAGAAAUCCAUUUACAGGAACAAGCACAGUAUGAAAAACAAUUAGAGCAGUUAAACAAGGAUAAUACGGCUUCACUAAAUAUGAAGGAACUCACACUUAAAGAUGUGGAAUGUAAAUUCUCCGAAAUGAAAACUGCUUAUGAAGAGGUUACAACCGAAUUAGAAGAAUAUAAGGAAGCCUUUGCAGCAACAUUGAAAGCUAACAAUUCCAUGUCAAAAAAAAUAAUGAAAUCGAAUAAGAAAAUAGCAAUGAUCAACACCAAGCUCCUUAUGGAGAAAGAGCGGAUGAAAUAUUUUCUCAGCACUCUUCCUACGAGGCCACACCCAGAGUUACCUUGUGCUGAAAAUCUUAAUAGUACAGGACUCAACAGAAAAUAUAUUCCCAAAACGCCCAUAAGAAUUCCUACUUCAAACCCACAGACUUCAAAUAACUGCAAGAACUCCUUGACUGAGAUGGAGCCGGACUGUGUAGAACAAAUAAUUAGAGAAACAAAGAAAACUUUUGAUGUGUUGGGCACUUGCUCCGGUCUACUUUCUUCUCUAGAAUCCACUGCCCUAGAAUGAGUAAUUUUUCUUAGAAGCAGAGUUGGAGCCACCGAGGAAGCACAGGCUCCAGUUGUGGUGGGUUGUGUCACCCCACGAUGUCACUGUUGCUGAGCCCCCAUUGCCUCUGUGUUGUGGAGCAGUUAGAGACACACAGCAGUAUCCGUGAGUGGCUCUGUGUGAAGGACUCUUUUCUAGGUGAAAGGCACAUCUCAGCACAGCUGACUGAUCAGACUCAGCAAUUCCAUUCUGCAUCUCCUCUGGCCCCCCCCAAGGACCACCAGGACAACCCCAUCAGUGCCCUAUCACCAGGCCCAGUCUGGCUCCAUGAUAGCCAAGAAGCAGAUCUAGAGACAACUGCCCUGCAUGGUGGCUGCAUCUGACUCCCCUUGAUGGGUAGUGAUGAGCACAACAUGGAAGCCUCCAGGGCAGCAUGCGGACAGCUGCCCUGCAGCCCCAGAUGGCACCUGGGCCUUGGGAAGUCGUUCUCAAAGGGGAAGCUCGUCACUUUGAUAUCCCUGGAGGGAAAGGUGAACGUGGCAUCCCGACAACCCUGGCAGCCAGCAGCAUGCCAUACAUCUUCUCACCCAACCUGUGGGACAGAGGCCCCCUCCUGGGGAAUAAGAUCCAUACCUAAAGGGUCCUGGCCCAGUCGGGCCUCAUCUUGCGCCCUGGGAGGUGAAGGGCACCAUGGGCCCCCAGCAGCAACCAGGAUUACCACCCAGGGGACUCAGCCUUCUAUGGCCCUGGCCAGACUUAGAAUUUGGCCCAAGACAGGACAAGCUUACUCAGAGCAGCCUGUCAGUACCCAGGGCCUGUGCAUGCCAGGCAAGGCCAAGCUGGCUCAAAGAGAAACCAGCCACCUUUGCAAGGGUAUGCCUGGAGAAGGUGGACCAGCCACCAACCUCACCCCCUUAAGGAAGCAGGAGUGGCCAGGUUCCCACAGCCUGAGUAGCUGCCACCUGAUGGCUGAUGGAGCGGAGGCCUGAGGAAAAGCAGAUGGCACUGGGGCCCUACCUCCAGGGAGGAAUAACUGAUUUACCCUGACUGGCAGCGAGUGAGGUUGGUGGCUGAUCUACCUGCUCCUGGCACACCCUUGCAGAGGUGGCUGGUUGCUCUUUGAGCCAGCUUGGCCUUGCCUGGCAUGCACAGGCCUCAGUGCAACAACUAUGCUACAAAUGGAGCCACAUAGAGAAAAUGAGCAGCAGGCUCAGGAGCAGGGUGUGCGCUGCCUUUGGGGCUCUGGUCCAUGCAUCAGGGCUCCUACAGCACUGUGGGCUUCUUUGGUGCCAAGAGGCAGACCACAAACCAUCUUGAGGAGGACUCUAUGCUCAAGUACAGAAAGGGCCCAGUCUGGUGGGUGAACCACACGGCCAGCUUCUGGGUGCGGGCACAGUGCCACAUCUUCCAUCACUUCCUGAUGUGCCCCACCAGUGCUGAAGAGACAGCCUGGAGACAGGGCAAGAGGAAGGCUGAGAAGGAUGAGAUGGUGAAUUCCAGCUUCUUCCUGAUGCUGAGCCCACCUCCAAGGUGGGCUCAACCUUUAGAAGUGAGAGAGCAAGAUUGAUGGCUUUGAGUGCUUUACCAGGAAGAUGGACAACAGGGCACUCAGCUCAACUUCACAGCCAAUGAGUUGACAUGCAAGCAGGUGAUGGUGAUGGGCUUUAAGAAAGAGAAUCAGAAGGUGGCCAGUUCUUCAGCCUCAGCCAGGUCUUGGAGCUGGAGCAGGCCAUCACUUCACCAGAGAUGCCUUCAACACUGAUUGGCUCUUUGCCAAUCAGCCCAGGCAGGACCUGGACCCAGUCAUGGACCUGUUAGUGCUGUCUCAGGGACACCAGACCAAAAUCCUGGACAUCAUCCAUAUACACAAGGAAGCUCUUACCAAAGUCAUGCAGAGCAGGCAACAUGUGGCAGAAGGGAAGACAGAGGUGCAGAGGCUGAUGACGCCAGAAUCACAGGAACAGGAUUUUUGUGGCCACUUUGGCUGAAAUUCACUGCUUCCAUCCAAUUCAAAUGAGAGACAUGGACUCGCAGAUGCAGUAUUUCUUGCAACAAGAGAUACUAGUUUUUCAAAAAGUCACCCAGGAAUUGAUAGUGUUGAAUGACUAGAUACUCCUUUGUGGACUGUUUCCAGUUCAAGGAUAGUUUCUACAGCAGAAUAAUAACACUAGCAAAGAGCUAGUGCCAGCUAUUGGUGGUAGGACAAGGAUGGUUUUGUUCUCAACUGAAACUCAGCUGAAUACAGAAUUGUGUAGGAAAGAGUUAAUAUGGUGAUAGAAUAGAAAGAGCAGCAAACAUGAACUAAAUCAGGCUAUGAAUGCCUACACUACCAUUGUAAUUUUUGGAAGAAUGAUACCACUUAUUUUAUUGCUUUUGAAGUGUGAAUAUUUUAGUUUAUAUGCUGUAGACCUCAAACCCUGUGAAGAGUCUCAAAGAAGCUGGCUGGAUAAAGCCUGCUGUGGAUGUCUUUAUAUUCAAAGAUUGAUGAUGCAAUUCAAGUAUGUGUCCCCACCAAAUCUCUUGUUGAAUUAUAUUUCCUAAUGUGGAAGGUGGAUCCUGGUCUAAGGUGAUUGAAUCCUGAAGGCAAAGUUCUCAUGAAUGGUUUAGCAGCAUCCCGUUGCUACUGUCCUCACAAUUAUGAGUGACUUCUCAUGAGACCUGUUCAUUGAAAACUCUGUGUCAUGUUCCUACUCUGUGUGUUUUCCUCUUGCCGUGUGAGACAACUCACUCUUUUCCUUGCACGAAGAUUGAAAGGUUUCUGAGGUUUCCCAGAAGCAGAAGCCACCGUGCUUCCUGUCCACCCUGCAGAACCAUGAGCUAAUUAAACCUCUUUUUCAAAAUAAAUCAUACAGAAAAUGGCAAAUGAGGACUGGAGCAUUGCUAUAAAGAUACCUAAAAAUGUGGAAGCAGUUUUGGAACUAGGCAAUGGACAGAGGUUGGAAGAGUUUGGAGGCUCAGAAGAAGACAGAUAGAUGAGAAAAUGUUUGGACCAUCUUAGAGACUGGUUAAAUGGUUGUGACAAAAAUCCUGACAGAAAUAUGGACAGUGAAGGCCAGGCUGAGGAGGCCUCAGAUAGAAAUAAGAAGCUUUCUGGAAAAUGUCUUCCUUUUGGAUAUGGAAAGCUUACACAAUGCCUGUACCGUCAUUGUACCUUAGAAGCAGUGAACUUGCUUUUUAUUUCAGAGGCUCAUAGGGAAAAGAGGCUGUAGCCUUGACUCAGAUGAGACUUUG